CUGCUAAUUCUUGAAAGGCUAAGCUGAUGAAUAGCCCAGUCCCUGGUAUCUCACAAGACUUUAGCACUUGGGUCUGCAGAGAGAAAACAUACGACUCCAGUCCAGCAACUCGUUUCCCCCUAAUCCCAUUAUUCAACACAUCUGGAGGUCAAACCACUUAUAUAGUUGCCUAAAAAUUUAGAUGCCUAAAUGUGUGCCGUGACCUGACUAACGUAAGAGCAGAGAGUCAUUCUGCCUGAGACUGUAAAGAGCCUACGUGAAUUACUGGAAGAACUAAAAGGAGGUGUCUGUUUUUGGUGAAAAGGAGACAGGCACAAGGCAAGACCAGCCUGUUCAACUUGUUUACCCACUUGAUCCUCCUUCACUUUACCCUGGGGCUGUCUGGCAGGUAGAAGAAAGAAGGAAAAGGAGGAAAAUGACUUAUUGGGAGGGGCUCAAUGCUACCCACAGCUGCAACGAUGUGAGUACAACCAUAGCCAGCUCAGCUUACGAAAGGAGUGUAUCUGAAGACUUACAACACUUCUGACAUGCUAGGACACAAUCAGAAAAGUAACAAACUGCAGAAUACCUUGCUUUUUUUUUUUAAGAUUAAGAAUGUGAAGUGACCUGUUGCAUUUUAUUCUUCUUCAGCAGCCUGGACAUUAGUCCAGAAUGGAUCACCUGACAUCCUGUGUCUAUUUUUGUGAUUUUACAAUCACAUUUUCUGAUAUUUUAAAUGCUUUCUCUUCCCUGUUACUAUGUGAAAGAUCCACACAUACAGAAAGGGAAAAAAGCUGAGCUACACGCAAAAGUGCUGUCACACUGAUAAGCAGAGAUGUCAUUAAUUUGCAUUAAAUGCUUUCAACGACAAGCAUCUGAGGAGUUAGUUAUAACAAUGGUAGUAAUAUAGUUUUCACACAGAUCUGUAAUUUAAGUGAACAGUGCAUAUCUCACUUGUGAAUCUCACAAAGCCUCCAGAGCAGAACCACCUUCAAAUCGACCUGUAGCAAUCGUGUACAGAAUUGAGGACAAGGGCAUAAGACCGCAGCUGCUCCGCCUAGUGAGUAAACAUGCAAUUGCAUGUUGUGCUCCCUAAAAGCAACUGAGAAACCCUGCUAGAAAUCCCAAUGAAAGGGAAUUAGAGCCUCGUGGGCAUGAGCAUGUUGUUGUUCGAGGCCAUCCCAGGAUAAUAAGGACGCAGCACAGCCUAUGCAAGUUAUGUAACUGGCAAAUCCGCUUUCAUGUACUGUCCAGCUUAUGUUGUGACCUCUUCAGGGAAAAGGUGUAGCUAAAUUGGACAUCAGCAUUGUCACUUGGAAACUCACUUAAACUACCCAGUAUCCAGAGAUAAUAAGUGUACAGAAUGUGUGUGAACAAAGUUACCAAUUGUAUGCAGAAAUCGGACCUGGUGCUGCCCACUUCUACAUUCACUGGUAGGCCACAAAGUAGCUUGUGUCCUAACCUCACUGGUUACUGAGAGUUCAACAUUUUAAACCCCCAGUGGGAAAGUUCAAGUCAUCCUAUUUAAAAGGACUUUUAUUAUGGUUGGUAAUAUACAUAAUGAAGCACACAAUGUGUAAUAAUUAUGGAUUUAAGAGGAAACAGCCGCAAGUUAAGUCCUUCACCACAACAUAAUUCUGAAUGGCAAUGACUAUAGAUAGGUCUGAAGAUCUGAAUUUAUAAAAGACAUCCUAGACACUUAGUGGUAUGAUGAUAAAGGAAACAGUGAGGUAGAAAGGAAGUAUACAAGUACAAAAAUGAGCGUGCUUGGUACCUUGAUACAGUGAUUAUUCUAAGUAUAUUGUUACAGAACCAUAUUGGUUGAACAGCAUAUAACCUGCACACUGUGUAUAAGUAUUCUAUUAGACCCAGGUUUGCUUAUUAGCCCAAGCACAGAAAUAGAAGCUGGGAGCUCCUUUGUUUUAAUUCUGCUUUGGUUACUUGUUCCAGUUGUGGCCUUGGGCAAAUCAUUUAAUUUCUCUGCAUCUCAGGCACCAUCUAGAUGAUAACACUGAUGUUGACCCAAUUUACAGGGUGUUGUAAGAGUUAAUUUGCUAAUGUCUGCAAAUCUCUUUGAAUUUAAAAGCACAAUAUAACAUGCUGAGAAUAUUACAAAUGUAUCUAUUAAUUCACAACUAAACUUUUUAUUAUAUGUGCAUACAGCAAAGAAAGAAAGGGCUCUAAUCCCUUAGGUGGGAAUCUAAGCUCUGAUAUAGCACAGUACAAAUAGUUAGUUUAUAUAAGCAAUUUUAUUUUCCAAAUUCUCCACCUUCUGGCUUGUCUGCUGAACUCUUCUUUUUAAUUAUACAUUAAUUAUACAUAUAACAGCUUGCUAUGCUUUGCAGUUCCAUUUCCUAAUGACUUUGAAUCCAUUUAGAAGUUCAGUUAGAAAAAAGGUUAACAAGACUGGUAGGAGGAUAAGUUUGGUGUUAUACAUGGUAUAUAUAAUACCAAAUCACUCUGGGAAGUGAAUGAUUUCAUAACUCCUGGCAGGAAUGUGGAAAAUCCACAUAGCUUGACACUUGUCUGAAGUUUCAGAUUCAUCCCACACAGACGGCACAUAGUGAGAUUUACACGGCUGGUGCCCUCUGAAUGGGUUCAAAAUUAAAGGUGUAUCAGGAGAAUUCAGAAACUGACUGUGGCCAUCGGGAGCUGUUGCUGACAAGAGGGCAUAGAAUCAGGACGACUACUAAGUUUUCGAGUUUAAUCAUCAGCGAAGAGCAAGGUGGCUGUGCACUUAGGAUAUUCAGCAACCUAUUUUUUCAAAUAGGUCGUCAGGUUUUCUCCUCCAUAACUUCAAUGGAGAAAGAGAAUGAAGGAGACUCAAAAUAUUCCACGCAUUUCCUCUGAACAAAGACUUUCACUUUUAAAGAAUUUUGCAUUAAGUGAGAGACCCCUUAUGAAAACCCAGCUGGUAAGGAUAUUUUGAUUUCACUUUGACAUGAAAGUCUCUCUCAGGAAAACUCACUUCCUCAGCCUGAAGAAGAGUGUUUGUACCCGAAAGCUUACAAAGAAGAAUUUUUCCAACUAUUUUAGUUGGUCUAUUAAAAGAUUUUGGAUUUACCCAAAGAAUCUUGUCAGGAAAACUUGAGCAUUUGUUGAACUUGUGUCUCCAUUUGCUGGAAUGUGCGGGAGGUAAUAUAUCCGGAAGAAUAUCCUGAUGGUGUUUACUGCAGGUUUUAAGUGAUUAAAGCCUAGUUUCUGGAUUCUUGAAAGGUAGCAAUGACAAUUCCACAGAAUUAGUGUUAUUUGAAUAAAUGCUGGGAGCAACAACUUCAGAAUUAACCUCAAACCCUCUUGUUUUUCCCAGAAUUUUGUAUUUCUCAUAAGAUCUUUUAUAGAAUGUUGGUUCUUUUUGCUUCAGAGACAGCAAGCCUCGGGGAAGUCUCUAAUACUGUAGAACAGUGCACCAAAAAAGAACGUUUGUAACAAAGAGCUUCAGCUCCAACAGAGACUCUGGGAACAGUAAGUGCUUCUGAGCGCUCUCUAAUACACCUUGACAUUAAUAUGACUGGGACCGGACACCUCAAUAAUGCCCAUUACAUUGAGAUUGGCAGCAAAUCACCAAACAAUGGCAUUUUCACUGAUGAUCAUGAAUCAGACUCUGGGUUUCUGACCGCUGUCUGGGCUUCAAUCCAGACUCCCACCUCUGGUGACUGCAUCAGCCACCCGGACCUCUGUGCCAAUGAAGUGCUCCAUAUCACAAGACAUCUCAGAAACAUUGAUGGGAAAUUCAGGAAUUUCCGGGAGCUUUUUCAAAAAGAAGGACCAGUUGUUUCAGGUCCUGUUGAAGCCAAACUGGUAGACUUACUACAAGCUAUCUCUUCCCUCGUAUACAAGUAUCCUGCUUUGAACGGUGAAAUCAUCCAGCCUGCCACAGCAGCCCUCAUCAACAGUGUGAACGGUCUCAACAAUCCUGUGAAAGGGUCUGAAAAUAGAAAGCGAUACAGUGACAUCUUCGGGUGUUUGGAUGCCUUAGAAAUUUCACUCGGAAAUGGGGCAGCUGACAUGUUCAUUAGUGACAUUGACAGCCCUGGCACCACUGACCUGACCUCAGAGACAGAGACAUCUCCGAAAAAUGAAAGUUUCUGCAAAAGCAAAAGCAACUCAGAGGGAAAGGUGCGGAAAGACAUCUCAGUUGAAGAGGCUGAUGAGAUGCUGAUAAAAUGUGAAGGUGGUGUGGAAUAUGCUCUUGAAUAUGCCAAAAUGUGGUGUAAAUAUGUCAAAGAGCUGCUCUUUUGGAUUGACAAACGCCUGAAUUAUGAAAUAGAGUUUGCCAAAAGCAUUGUGAAGAUAGCAGAAUCAGGCCGACAUGCCAUUAGGCAUCAGUGUGACAUGCCUCUCCAGUUGCUUUACACCAGCGUCAUGGACUAUGACAUAAAGGCUGGGAGUACAGCCACUGACACUGUAGUGCAGCUACAGAUGAGAGAAUACUACCAGCCUCUUACAGCCAAGAGGAAUGAAAUUGAAAAGUGGCGGAAAGAAUUUAAGGAUCAAUGGACAAAAGAACAGAAGAGAAUGAAUGAUUCCUUAUCAUCCUUGCGCAAGUCCCGUCUGUACUACAUACAGCGCUGUGAGGAGCUGGAGAAAGCCAAGUCACUGAGUGCCAAGGCAGAGGAUGAAUACCAGAACAUGGCUGCAACUCACCCUGGCAGUGCCAGCAAGCAGCUGGAGAAACGGCGCCGGUCUCGUGAGGAAGCACAAGCAAAGGUUCAGGAAACUGAAACUACUUACAAGACAUGCAUCACUGAUGCCAACUUUCGCCGGCAGGAACUGGAAAAGGUGCGAGAGAGGAUUGUCUCCCACAUACGGAAACUUGUUUACCAAGGAGAUGAGGUGCUAACCCGGGUUACCCUGAGGAUGUUCAAGCUGCGGCAAGAUCAGGCAGAGAAGAUUCCACUGGAUUACCAGACCAUGACUGAAUCCUGCAAACCCUACAAAAUGGGUGAGAAAUACCUGGAUUUUAUUCAGAAGCUGCAGAAGAAAGAGAACAUCGUGGAGGUGUUUGAAUUUGAGCCAUAUACUCCUGUGGGGAAGAGGUCUCCCUCUAGCGGUAGAAGAAAGAAUCCACCCCAGCACACUGGAAUCUCCUCAGCUACUGAUCUGACCUCCUCCUCAGAAGAUGCAUCAGGAAAGCAGCUUUCCGGUGCAAACAAAUCAUGGAGUGACACAGAAAGCCUUGGUGGGAGCGGUGAAUUCCAAUCCCCGGAUUCUCCCACUUCCAGCCCAGGGAACUUUAAUAGGAGGUUGCUAAAAGCUUCAUCCACAGGCACCAUGUCCUCCUUGGAUGAUUUUGAGGAGAGAGAUUCAUCUCAAACAUAUGAAAAUGAUAAUGGAUCAUUCCAGUGCCAGUUCAAGAACCUCACUUUGUCAACUGCGGCACAGACCCACCGGCUGCGAAAACUCCGGGGCCCAUCCAAAUGCAGGGAAUGUGAAACCUUCAUGGUCAACGGCAUUGAGUGUGAAGAGUGCUACUUGGCCUGCCACAAGAAAUGCCUGGAGAACCUUCUGGUCACCUGUGGCCGUAAGAAGCUGCCUGCCCGCAUGUCCCUCUUCGGCAUCAACUUACAGCAGGUCUCCUUGGAUUCCCCAAAUAAAAUUCCAUUCAUAGUCACAAAAUGCACGUCAGAAAUUGAGGCUCGUGCCCUCGGAGUCCAGGGGAUCUAUCGGAUAAGCGGGUCCAAGGCCCGGGUAGAGAAGCUCUGCCAAGCAUUUGAAAACGGCAGAGACCUGGUGGAGCUCUCGGAACACUCUCCCCAUGACAUCACUAGUGUCCUGAAACAUUUCCUGAAGGAGCUCUCAGAACCUGUGCUCCUGUAUCAACUCUAUGAUGAGUUAAUUGCACUUGCCAAGGAUCUGCAGAGACCUGGAGAAGGGAAGAGAGACAGCUCAGGGUUUUCAUCAGACCCUAUCCAGAACAUGAAGGACGUGCUGCACAAACUGCCUCUAACGAACCACAACACCCUGCAUCAUCUUGCUGCACAUCUAUACAGGGUGUCUGAGAGAUAUGAGGAGAACAGGAUGUCCGCCAACAACUUGGGGAUAAUCUUUGGGCCAACGCUGAUCCGACCCAGUGCAGGGAGCGAUGUCUCCAUGACCUGUCUUGUAGACUCUGGAUACCAGGCACAGAUUGUAGAGUUUCUCAUUCUGAACCAUGAAAGGGUCUUUGAGCAUUUUGCCUUGGCCCCUGGAUGCGAAAACCCUUCACAAGAGGCCUUGGCACCGAAAGAUGAAGAGCAGCAGAGCCCCAGCAAAGACAAGACUAUGACCCAAGAGAACUUCUCCUCCAAGCACGAUUCGAGAGAGGGCUACCUGUCUGAUUAUCCAUCUUCCAGUGAAGCCAUCAAUGAGCUGACUCUGGAGGGAGCUUGCAGACCCCUAAGCCUGGAUACCCUAGAAUUGAACAGAAAUAUUGGCACCGAGCUGGAGGAUCCUGAGGAAUCUCUACAGGAAAAGCCAGAUAUAGAUUCAGAUGCUGUUCUAGGAACACAAGCCAGGGGGCACUUCAGCCGGCAGCCUGUGAAGUAUGCUCGAACACAGGCAAAAGUGAAGCCAGUCAUUCCCAAACCUCCCAGUUUGCCUUUGAUGACUGCUUCUCUGUCUAGUGCUGUGAUCGAUGCUGAUGCAGCAGGCAAUCUGGAAGACAACAGCCCCAGGCCAAAGGAAGUCCUGGAGAAAAAAGGCAGCAACAGCAGGACCAGCUCACCAGAGACCAGCACAUUGCAGCGUCGCUCAGGAGGGAAACAGCAGCAACUCAGACAUUUUGAGAUUACUCAAGAAACUGCUAGGAUUGUCUCCAAGUUUCAAACUGAUGACACUUCCACAACAUGCCCUCAGGUUUUUCUGGGGAGGGGAAACACAGACUGCACUGAGCCAGCAACAAACCCCAACCUGGAGGAGACACCACUAUAGGGAAACCUUUUUGAGAACAGUGGAGAUCACAUUGAUUGAAAAGGAAAGUGCUACGCUCCUGUAAUGUGCUUCCUGCUGAAGGAAAGGACAGAAGUUAACAAGGUAAUGACCAAAUCUCUGCAACUGUGUUCAGGAUGAAGAUAGGAGGAAAGGCCUCUGAUGCAGAUAACCAGACAAGCUUAGGGGUAGCCCAGAAAUUUUUUUGUUUUUUGUUUUUUUUUGUUUUUUUACACGUCAGCAAGCUUCAUGUGAGGAUUAAUAAGUCCAGAGGUUCUGGCACUGAAAACAAAAUGUCUGCACUUGGUGCCAGGUGCUUAGUUGGAAGAGAUGGAUCCAAUCUGGUUACACAGUCCAGUUCAGUGUAAUGCACAAUUCAGGCAAUACAGAGAGAGCGAGAGCUGCCGUAUUUAGCAGUAGCCAAGGAAAGAAAAUUUACUGAAGCUUACACCACUGGAAAGGAAACCCUCACAAACUGUUACUUUCUUCCAGAUACAACUUGCACUGUUUGCUUGUUUUUAAGUUCACAGCCUUCCUCAUUCUUCAAUAUAAAUCCAGUGAAGCAGGUACACUGGCAAGUCUGUGUACUCUGGGUUAUAGUGCUUCCAUUGUCGCCGUCUCCAGUUUCUAUAAACACAGAAGUAAUUUUAAAAACAGAAAGGUUGCAUUUCCCAGUGGGCCGCUCCCCCCCCUCCAUCUUUUCUUUAUAUCUUAAUUCCACCUCCUUGCUUUUUCACAGACUCCUCACUCCCCUCUGUCCUUAACUGAAGCAUGUUGAAUUAGUAGAACCAUUAAAAGUUGCUGUGUCACAAAUACAAUCCCUGCUCCCAUUGCAAAAGGGAAGAUUAUCAGCAAUCAGAGACAGGCUAGGUCAUUGUAGCCUGACUGUUCUUAACAUCUUCAAUGCCUGGAUCUUCCUCCCACCCAGACAGGAUUUAGCUGAAACCCCAUCCUAAUAAUGAGCUGACACUUGAAUGGCUCAUUCUAGUCUUAAAACUGACAGGCUACCUUGAAAUAAAAUGUUAGGUAGUUACAUGGAAUAAUGUAUAGGGUCAGCACUGUGAUCCACUGCUAUGGAUUUCCUUGCUCUUUGGUUAUGUACAUAGUCCAAAGCUUGCCUCUCUUCUAGCAACAGUGAAAGGACAUCUGCACAGGGAGAAUUUCACUGGAAGUUGUGCGGGCCGGGAGCGGUCCGAGGCUUUCGGGGGCGCACGGUGGGCUGUGGCCAGCAGCCCUGGCACGUGGGUCAGGGAAUGCAGGCCAGCGGACUAGAAUUAGGCACGGACACGUAGUGGUUGAUUAAAGAUUAUUUUACUUACACCGUAGAUGGUCGCGGUGCAGGCAGGAGAAAACUUCGCUUAAGUUGCAGUUACAAAACUCGUACAAACAAGACCCGUAGAAAAACUCGAGCCUCUUGAAAUAACUCGGGCAGAGCUCUGGAUACACACACACAAAGUUUGCUAGGCUCCAUGGAACGAAAGCAUGCAGGGAAGGGUUCGUCAAGGGAUUAGGCGGCGACGGGGAGAGGCUAGAGGUUGAUCAGGCCCCUAUAUCCUUCUUAAGGCACGCGCUGGGUUUGUUAGGCUCCGCAGCGCUUAGAGUUCUUCACAAGAUGUGAACUCCUCCUCCUCCUCCUCCUCCUCCUCCAGAUGGUUGUGGAGUCCUCCCUUGCGGGGUUCUCCUUGAAGUUCUCCAACUUGGGCGGAAACCGCUCAAGCCUCUUAUACGGCUAGCAAGCCAAUCGCUAGCCGCCACAUGAGAAUAAUUUAGAACUGGCCAAUAGUGGGACACAAAUUUGCAUGCGAAUGGCGGGAACUCCUUUGCACCAGGGUUUUCUCUUUGCAACUGAGAAUUGCACCGUGCAAAGGAAGCUCCUCGUGGCGGGAAAUAAUUCUGCAGUGCCGAAGCGCACACAAAAUCAUACCCUUGGGUUAUGACAGAAGUAAAGUACAUACCAACUUAGCACCAUCUCUCUAAGAAAGCCAUAGACAAAUGGUUUAAAACUAACAUGUCAUUUCCCCAAGCCAUUAGAGAGGGUGUCUCUUUUUUACCCUGGUAAAUUUGGCCACCAUUUCCCUUUCCUCCCCUCAUCUCUAAUCUUUCCACUUUCUCCAUUUCUUAACAAAAGUUUAUGAGAAACGCUAAGGAUUUGUUCCCAGCAGUUGUAUGGCAUAGGCCAAAGAAAUGAAGUCGGGGGGGGGGAGAAUAUAUAAACAAAAAAAAAUCACUCCUUACUGUUCCCCUGAAUAAUUAUGUAUUUAUUGUUAAUAUGUUGUUUGUAUCCUUGAACAUUAAGUUAUCUUUAAUAAAACUGGUUUCUUUAAUAAGUAA